AUGAUAGCCCGUGCCCGACUGAGGGUGCGCCCCCGGGCCAUCCCAUCCCGUCACCUCUUACCGAUCGUAUCGCCCUCCUCUUUUCGAUACUACAGUUCCCUUUUUGCAGCCUACAAGUCCUCCAAUUCACACAAGCGCAUAAGUCUCACACCCUCCUCACACUUAAUCCUCCCCCGGACUCAAAACCGCACCUUAACAAUCCUCCCCCUCCUCGACCAAGCCGUCACCCUCGCCCACACAACCCUCACUACGCUCCACACGGCAACCGGUACCCCCUGGUACCUCACCAUCCCCCUCUUCUCUCUCUCUAUUAACCUCCUUACACGCCUCCCGGCAACCCUUUACUCCCACCAGCUAACCAUCCGCCGCGCCAAACUAAUCCCCCUCCUUCGCGCGUGGGGGGCGGCUGUGGGAAGGGUGCUUGCCAGCAAUCCUCCUCCUGCUACACAAGGAGUGAUGCUGAAGAGGGAGGCGUUUAUGGUUAGGUAUGCGAAGAUGGUGAGACAGGUUGAGAAGGAGGUGUAUCAGAGAUGGGGGGUGCAAGGGUGGCGGUUUUGGGUACCGAGUUUGGCUGUUUUCCCCGUGUGGCUGGUAGGGAUUGAGGCGUUGAGGAGGAUGUGUGGUGGGCCGAGGGGGUUGGUGGGGAGUUUGAUUUUGGGGUUUGGGAGGGAGGAAGCUGGUGUGGCUGGUGCUGCCGCCGGGAGUACAGCGACGACGGCUGAGUCUGCUGCUACAGCGUCACGGAACGCCGUCGAUGCCGCGGUCACGGCAGACCCAAGCACCUUAAUCCCCUGGGCCGACCCAACAAUGACAACCGAAGGCGCUCUCUGGUUCACCAACCUGACCGUCGCCGACCCCUACCACAUCCUGCCCCUUGCCCUCUCCGCCGUCCUCAUAGGCAACAUGCUCCCGCGCAACACCUCCGGCCUGCGCACGCUCUUCCACACGAACCUCACUCCCAGCGAACAAAGCUCCCUGACCGGUCCCGCGGGAAGGGCCCUGCGCUGGCGCCUGCGGUUAAGGAGAACGUUGCUGGUGUUUGCAGCAGCCGUGGGGCCGCUGACGAUGGAUUUGCCUGCGGCGCUGCAUUUGUAUUGGUUGUCGUCGGCGGCGUUGACGUGGGCUGAGACGAGUUUGCUGGCAUGGUGGCGACCGAUUCCAAAGGCUCCCAGUCCGGCGAGGAAGGAUACGGCUGUUGUGGUGAGGCCGUUGAGGGAUGGGAGGGUUAUGGUUGAAUAG